UGAGGUUUUACAUUGAUUAUAAUAAAAAUUGAACCCCAGACGGAUCUCAGAUGACUAAUUCAAAUGCCGUUAUGCCAGUAAUUGCACUCUAAACUAUGAAGAGCUAGGACAGCCUGCAGGAAAUAUCAAUAAAGACAUCACCAUUUUCCAAUCAUGUACAAAUGCAAUGCUGUCUGUUGACACUCAUAGCAUCCUGUAUAUAACCAACCAUUGAGUUCCAGCGUUUCUUGUGUUUGUUCUUUUCCUUCAUUUCUCUCAUCACCCAGCACCUCCUCUCUCUAACUGAGAGAGGGAAUGGACAACUUCAACAACAGCAUGUACCGGAGCAUGGAAAUGUUUUCUCCAAUGCGAUCACCAUUUCAACAUAGCCAGUCUCCUGCAGUGGACAUGGCAUCUCUAUCUCCAUUUAGAUCUCCAUUUCGAUCUCCUUUAACAUCAGCUCGGCCUUCUGCUGUUGAUGAAGAUGAGGCAGCGCUGCGAUGGGCUGCAAUUGAGAAGCUUCCCAUAUAUGAACAGCUCCGGACAAGCGUGCUGAAGGAGGCAGUAGAAGUACAGGAUGGACGAAAAAGGUAUGAGCAUAAGGAGGUAGAUGUCAGAAAUCUUGGGCUUGCUGACAGGCAACAGUUCAUUGAGAGGAUCUUUAAAGUUGCUGAAGCGGAUAACGAGCGUUUCUUAAAGAAGUUGCGCAAUAGGAUUGAUAAGGUUGGUAUCCAGCUUCCAACAGUUGAAGUUAGAUUUGAGCACAUUGCGGUGCAGGCUAAAUGCUAUGUGGGGACUAGAGCACUGCCCACUCUUGUCAACACUACAAUGAACAUUAUCGAGUCUGCGUUGGGAUCGCUGGGUAUUGGACUUACCAAGAUGACCGACCUCACCAUCCUCAAGGAUGUUUCAGGGAUUAUAAAGCCUUCCAGGAUGACUCUCUUAUUAGGCCCUCCAGCCUCUGGGAAGACAACACUACUGCUUACUCUUGCAGGAAAGUUAGGCCCUAGUUUGAAGUCAAACGGAGAGGUGUCAUAUAAUGGUUAUCAACUUAGUGAAUUUGUGCCCCAAAAGACUGCAGCAUAUAUUAGCCAGUAUGAUCUCCAUGUUGGAGAGAUGACUGUCAAGGAGACAAUUGAUUUCUCUGCCAGAUGCCAAGGAGUUGGCCCUAGAUAUGAGCUCCUUAAUGAGUUGGCCAAGAGAGAGAAAGAAGCAGGGAUAUUUCCAGAUCCUGAGGUGGACCUUUUUAUGAAGGCUACAGCCCAAGAAGGAGUUGAGAGCAGCCUACAAACAGACUACACACUGAGGAUCCUUGGGCUAGAUAUUUGUGCUGAUACAAUCGUGGGCAAUGAGAUGAUUAGAGGUAUUUCCGGUGGGCAGCAAAAGCGUUUGACAACAGGUGAGAUGAUUGUAGGCCCCACAAAGACCCUCUUCAUGGAUGAGAUAUCAACAGGGCUAGACAGCUCCACCACCUUUCAGAUAGUAAAAUGUUUCCAACAAAUUGUCCAUCUUGGUGAGGCUACAAUCCUCAUGUCCCUUCUACAGCCUGCCCCUGAAACUUUCGACCUGUUCGAUGAUAUCAUUCUUCUCUCUGAGGGCCAGAUUGUCUACCAGGGACCAAGAGAAUAUGUGCUUGACUUCUUUGAGAGCUGUGGCUUCCGGUGCCCAGAGAGGAAGAGCAGUGCAGAUUUUUUGCAGGAGGUCACCUCUAGAAAGGAUCAAGAACAAUACUGGGUAGACAGGAGCAGGCCCUACCACUACAUAUCUGUUUCUGAGUUUGUCAAGCAAUUUAACAGAUUUCACGUUGGUCUGGAUCUGCAGAAUGAGCUUUCAGUGCCCUUUGAUAAGAAAAAGAGCCACGAGGCAGCCUUGAUCUUCUCCAAGCGCUCGGUCCCAAUAUCUGAACUCCUAAGUGCCUCCUUCGCCAAGGAGUGGCUUCUUAUAAAGAGGAACUCCUUUGUUUAUGCCUUCAAGGUUAUCCAGCUUAUCGUAGUGGCAAUAAUUGCCUCCACAGUUUUCCUAAGGACAAAAAUGCGUACGGAAAAUGAAGGAGAUGGUGCCGUUUACUCUGGAGCACUCAUAUAUGGUAUAAUUGUCAAUAUGUUCAAUGGCUUUGCUGAGCUCAGUUUUGCCAUCAUGAGACUCCCAGUGUUUUUCAAGCAGAGGGAUCAAUUUCUGUACCCAGCUUGGGCAUUCACCCUUCCAAAUAUCUUGCUGAGGGUUCCUAUCUCUAUCUUAGAGUCCAUCAUAUGGGUUUGUAUGACUUACUACUCCAUUGGAUUUGCCCCCGAAGGCAGCAGGUUCUUCAAGAUGCUGCUUAUUGUCAUCCUGAUCCAACAAACAGCAGCAGGGCUUUUCAGAGUAGUUGCAGGGCUCUGUAGGACCAUGGUUGUUGCCAAUGCUGGAGGAUCUGUUGCCUUCCUCCUCUUUUUCGUUCUUGGAGGUUUCAUCCUACCAAAAGAAAAAAUUCCUAGUUGGUGGGCGUGGUGUUACUGGGUUUCUCCUCUGCCAUAUGCAUAUAAUGCCAUUGCUGUCAAUGAGUUUUUCUCUCCCAGGUGGAUGGAUAAAUUUACACCUGAUGGCCAGAGGUUAGGAGUGGCAGUUCUAGAAAAUGGCGGCAUCUUUGUAGAUAAGAACUGGUACUGGAUUGGAGCAGGUGCUCUCUUUGCAUACACGGUCAUCUGUAAUCUGUUGUUCACCCUUUUGCUCACAUAUCUAAAUGCUCCGGGAAAGCAACAAGCUGUUAUAUCUGAAGAAACAGCCAUGGAAAUGGAAGACAAUGAAGAUGAAUCAGUGGAAUCACCACGGCUUAAAAUGUCAUGGUCAAGUAGAGCAUCCACCCCUCGAAGUUUAUCAGCAUUUGAUGGGAACAAUACCCCGGAUUUCACAAAGCGACGUAUGGCUGACCUUUCAGUUCCUGCUUCUCCUAAUUGGCGUAGUUAUGAGGCAUCUGCAGGUUAUGAAUCUUCUGGGUUCUCUCAUAGUCCUGUUCGGCGAGGAAUGGUUCUUCCUUUUACGCCUCUUGCUAUGUCCUUUCAAAAAAUCAAUUACUUUGUCGACAUGCCUGCGGAAAUGAAAGCACAAGGAGUGAAAGAAGAUAGACUCCAACUGCUGAAAGAGGUAUCGGGUGCUUUCCGGCCUGGCGUACUGACAGCACUUAUGGGAGUUAGUGGUGCUGGAAAGACAACUCUUAUGGAUGUUCUGGCUGGCAGGAAAACAGGUGGUUACAUUGAGGGGGAUAUUCGAAUCUCUGGUUUCCGCAAGAACCAGGCUACCUUUGCUAGAAUUUCUGGAUAUUGUGAGCAGAAUGAUAUUCACUCUCCUCAAGUAACAGUCAGGGAGUCAUUAAUCUACUCUGCUUUCUUGCGUCUCCCUCAGGAUGUUACCAAGGAAGAAAAGAUGAGAUUUGUGGAUGAAGUAAUGGAGCUGGUUGAGUUAGAGACCAUCCAGGAUGCUAUCGUGGGGCUUCCUGGAGUUACUGGGUUAUCAACAGAACAGAGGAAGAGGCUGACAAUAGCUGUGGAGCUCGUCGCUAAUCCUUCAAUCAUUUUUAUGGAUGAACCAACAUCUGGUCUUGAUGCCAGGGCAGCUGCCAUCGUGAUGAGGACAGUAAGGAACACUGUAGACACUGGGAGAACUGUUGUUUGCACUAUCCAUCAACCCAGUAUUGACAUUUUUGAAUCCUUUGAUGAGCUACUAUUAUUGAAGAGAGGAGGUCAACUAAUAUACUCUGGACCUUUGGGCCAAAAUUCUCGCAAGAUGAUUGAAUACUUUGAGUCAAUUCCAGGAGUUCCAAAGUUUGAGGAGAAAUGUAACCCUGCAACAUGGAUGCUGGAAGCCAGUUCUAGUGGUACUGAAGUACGACUAGGAGUUGACUUUGCCGAACUCUACAGAUCAUCUGCUUCCUACAAGCGCAAUAAAGCACUAGUAAAAGGGUUAAAGAAACCACUUCCGGGUACAAGUGAUCUAUACUUUCCAACCCAGUUUGCACAAUCAAAUUACGAGCAAUUCAAAGCCUGCCUUUGGAAGCAAUGGUGGGCUUACUGGAGGAACCCUGAUUACAAUGUUGUUAGAUUUUUCUUCUGCUGGUUUACUGCUAUAAUUCUGGGAUCCAUAUUUUGGAAUAUAGGACACAAAAGGGAAUCUUCAAUUGAUCUCACAAUGAUUGUGGGAUCCAUGUAUGCAGUCAUACUGUUUACAGGAUUUAAUAACACUUCAACUGUUCAAACUGUUGUCGGAAUUGAGAGGACAGUGUUCUAUCGAGAGAAGGCUGCUGGAAUGUACUCUACCAUGGCAUAUGCCUUUGCUCAGAUGGCUGUGGAAUUGCCGUACGUGUUCAUCCAGACCAUAACCUAUGUUCUGAUAAUAUAUAGCAUGUUGGGCUUCGAGUGGACUCUAGUAAAGUUCUCUUGGUUCUUCUUUGUUGCCUUUUUCACCUUCCUAUACUUCACUUAUUAUGGAAUGAUGUGCGUGGCAAUUGCACCAAACGUUCAAGUUGGUGCACUGAUUGCUGCUACAUUUUAUACACUCUUCAACCUUUUCUCAGGCUUCUUCAUCCCCAAAGCAAAUAUUCCAAAGUGGUGGAUAUGGUACUAUUGGAUAUGUCCUGUGUCAUGGACGGUUAAUGGGCUUGUAACCCCUCAGUUUGGAGACUUGGAGGAUAUUAUUAGGGUGCCUGGUGAGCCUGAUCAAUCGAUCAAAUCAUAUAUUAAGGAUCAAUUCGGGUUCGACGUUGAUUUCUUAGGUGCAGUGGCAGCAGUGCUCGUGGGUUUCACUCUAUUGUUUGCUUUCGUGUUUGCUUAUGCCAUCAGGAAAUUAAAUUUCCAACAGCGGUAAAAUAGUUAUAAUAUAAGGUGAAGAAACCUUAUGAUAACCUAAGAGUAUGAUAUGCUUGUAAUUUUGUAACAAUGCAUAUAGCCUUGUCGGUUCAUUGUAGUUAAGUUUAUCGUCGUCCAGUGAGCCAAAAUGGAGGGGUUAUUCUGUUUC